AUGGGGACGACAUCUGACUUGUCUUCCAUGGUUCGACUUAACAUUGGUGGAAAGAAAUUUUGUACUACCAUUGAUACUUUGACUAACCGUGACCCAGACUCGAUGCUUGCAGCAAUGUUCAGUGGUCGACAUGCUAUGUGCCAGGAGUCCAAAACGGGAUAUGUAUUCAUAGACAGAGAUGGAAAGCACUUCCGACACAUUUUAAAUUGGUUGCGUGAUGGCAUUGUUCCCAAUCUGUCAGAUCCUUAUUGUUCUGAAAUUUUGCGUGAAGCAGACUACUAUCAGCUUCUAGAGCUGAAAGAAAGAAUAAAAGAUUCGAGAAGAGACGUUGGUGAAGUAGAAGCUGAACUAACGCGUGUAGAUAUCAUCAAAUGUAUACAAUCCGAAAGAGUCAGGUUCCGAGGGGUCAAUCUUUCUGGAAUUGAUCUUUCUAAACUGGAUCUAUCCCUUGUGGAUUUCAGCUAUGCUUGUCUCAGGAAUGUAUUUUUCUCUCGUACAAAUCUUCAGUGUGCCAAAUUUCGGGAUACUGAUGCCAAGGGCUCUAUCUUUCACAAUGCAAUUUUGCGCGAGUGUGAGUUUACCGGUGCAAAUCUUAGAGGAGCCUUGUUAGCCGGUACAAAUCUUCAAAGUGCAAAUUUGCAAGAUGCCUGCUUAGUGGAUUGUAGCUUCUGUGGCGCAGAUCUCCGCACUGCACACUUGCAGAAUGCAGACCUUACAAAUGCUAACUUAGAAGGGGCAAAUCUAGAAGGUGCCAAUUUGAAGGGUGCGAAGUUGAGUAAUGCCAACCUCAAAGGAGCAAACCUUCAACGAGCUUACUUGAGGCAUGUGAAUCUGCGAGAAGCGCAUUUGGAAGGGGCAAACCUUGGUGGGGCUAAUAUGACCGGUGCUAUCCGUUAA